GAUCAGAUAGCAGGCGGGAGGGGGAAUCACUGGUUGCACUGUAACACUGGAGAACACAAGGAGCCUCAUCACAGCUUUACAGUGCAUUAGUGGCAAGGGAAAUGAGCACAACAUUGAAGGAACAUUAAAGGAACAUUUCCAGAGCUUUAAAGCCAUUUAUCUGCACCCCCUCCAGCAAAAAAACAGCUUUUUCCUGCUGGCAGGUUUGUGAGGCACACACGGCGUGUGUGUGUGUGUGUGUGUGUGAGUGAGCGUGUGCAUGGUGCAGGUACUGUUGACGAUGAGGACCUUGCAGGACUAUGACAGGAGCCGCUUCAGUUUGGAGAAGUGGUUCUACUCACAGAGGAACCCAUAAGGAACCCGGGGAGUUAAAUAAUGCUUUGACUUGAGUAGAGGCAGAGACAGAGAGAGAAAGAAAGGAAGCAAGAACAUUUUAGUCUUUCUUUAUUGGCUGGACACAUAUACAUUAAAGAAAAGGUCUUUGUACCUUGUGCAGUGACUGGUGGAGAGACAGAGGCCUGCAAUCCGAACCACUGGCUAUCCUGACUGGGCCAAGUGGCAUGAGUGUGGGAACAACCCCUCGCUACAACGUUGUGUCAUCCUGGGAGGAGGACAUUCAACGCCACGGCAACAUGCCUGCCCUCGGAAAUGGCUUUGGAAAUGGUAAGAUCCAGACGCGGCGGAAACCACGCGUCCGCUUUGUUAACAAAACCGGACAGUGUAACGUCAACUUCUCGCACAUGGAAGAGCAAUCGCAGCGCUACUUGGCUGACAUCUUUACGACCUGCGUGGACAUCCGUUGGCGCUGGAUGUUUUUUCUCUUCUCUCUUGCUUUCAUUUUGUCCUGGCUGGCGUUUGGUUUUAUCUUUUGGCUCAUUGCCCUUGUACACGGUGACUUUGACAGAACCUCCAGUGAAGACUUUACACCCUGCAUCAUGCAGGUCAACAGUUUUGUGGCAGCCUUCCUGUUCUCAGUCGAGACCCAGACCACAAUUGGUUACGGCUUCCGCUGUGUGACAGAAGAAUGCCCGCUUGCUGUCUUAAUGGUUGUUGUGCAGUCUAUUUUGGGUUGCAUCAUUGACGCUUUCAUGAUUGGUGCCAUCAUGGCCAAAAUGGCCCGGCCCAAAAAGCGUGCGCAGACAUUGCUGUUUUCACACAACGCCGUCAUAGCUUUGCGCGAUGGAAAGCUUUGCUUGAUGUGGCGUGUAGGAAACUUGCGCAAAAGUCACAUUGUCGAGGCUCAUGUAAGGGCACAACUGAUCAAGCCAAGAGUGACAGAAGAAGGCGAGUACAUCCCAAUUGACCAGAUCGACAUUAAUGUUGGCUAUGACCAAGGCACCGACCGCAUCUUCCUUGUUUCUCCUCUGACCAUCAUCCAUGAGAUAAACGAGGAGAGCCCGCUGUUUGGAAUCAGUAAACAGGACCUGGCCAGUGAAGACUUUGAGAUUGUUGUGAUCCUCGAGGGCAUGGUCGAGGCCACGGCGAUGACGGCUCAGGUGCGCAGCUCUUACCUGUCCAGCGAAAUCUUGUGGGGGCAUCGCUUUGAGCCGGUUGUGUUUGAGGAGAAAAACCAUUACAAAGUAGACUUUACGCACUUCCACAAGACUUACGAGGUGCCCUCCACACCACGUUGCAGUGCCAAAGACAUUGAGGAUAGCAAAUCAUUGCACUCCGCUGCUAACUUCUGCUACGAGAACGAGUUGGCAUUCUGCCAGGAGGACGAGGAGGAGGAUGGUAUUAGGGGGAUUUUGGGGACUGAGAUGGAAACCUUGUCUGCCAGCCUAAACUCUGACCAGAGAUCGCACCAUAAAGAGUCAGAGAUAUGAUCUCUGACCUGACUAACCAUUGGCAUUCACCUCUAGAGAAUUUUAUUUGAACGUAGCCCCAGUCUGUACCCUUUAGUUUUGGCUCGAACUGACAGAGACAAAGCAAAGCAAGUGCCAAUACGAACCACUCACCCUGCUGACCUAGCGCCAUGGUGUAGUCAAGGGGCAGGUGAUGUUAUGUUCAUGACUGUUGCUGGAUGGCCUUCCUGUAGGAAAAACAAACUUGAAAUAGGAUUCCUCGUUUUAUGCUGUAGUUUUGCAGUGAUAGCUUUAAGUGAUAUCAUAAUGCAAUACCAAGCUAUCCUGGGUGCCAAAUUUGGUCAGACGUUCAUCUUAUAGGUACAGGUGAUACCUUUUCUUGGCUUUUUUAUUUUUUACUUGAACCCUGGAAAUAUAGAUUUGACAAACACUCAUCAGCACAGUAAAUAACAGCGAUCCAUUUUGUUUCAUUUGACUCAAAGCAAUAAGGUUAGCUCUUUAGAUCAGCUUUCAGAUCACUGUUUUUUUCUUAUAUACAGUAUAUAUGUUGAAAUGCUACAACAUACAUACAAACAUUUGUAUGUUGUAGCACUACAGACACUUACCAAUAUUAUUAAUUCCGGUGUUUUUUAAAUAAAUUUUUUUCCAUCCCAAGAAAAAACUGAAUUGCUAUUAUUUAAAAAAACAACAAGAUGGCACCCAGGCUAGCAGAUAGUUAGAAAAUGUAGUGUCUUAUAUCUUCAGAUGUGUGUAUAUUAAUCAUUGUGUGUGUGUGUGCGUUUUAAAGGUCAUCAUUUUUCUAGGAACAAUUUAUCCUCCACACACAGGCAACACAUCUGACUACACACCCGUUCAUGCUCAGGAUGCACUCUCUUGCACAGAGGAAAAAUAUCGAUACAAGUUUGUUACUUUACAGUAGGACUGUUUGACUGCACAUAAAUUAUGAUAUAGUGCAAAUGAUUGAGCAGGAUUUUUAUUAUUUCUGUAGUUUGAACACUAUGCUGGAUGCGUUUUGAGCUUCAAGCUUUAUUGGAGGCUGCUUGCACAAUAAUUAAAAAUAACAAUAUCUGAAAAAAAAAAAACAUCAGGGUAACAUAUACAUACUCCUGAAAUUAAAACCAAAUCAAUCUGGGUUAUAAAUAUCUACAUUUUGCAACUCUGAGGUAUUAACCAAGCCUUAAAGACCAUGAGCAGGUCUCAUUGGUUAAAGGCUUAUUUGUGCAUAAGGGCACAGUGCAAUAUGAAGCAUUACACUUCUUCUGAGUGGUGAGAAUGUCAAUGAUGAUGACGACGAUGAUGAUGAUGAUAUGCUUAAAAGUCUACAUCUGAGUGUUGAACCUGUCAAACUGGAGGAUUGUGGAAUAUCUGAAAUGUGUAAAACAUUCAGACAACAUAUUUACAUAUUCUCUGAAGGUUCCCUUAUGAGAAAAAAAAACCCUAUAUUUUUUUCCCACUCAUGAUCAUAUUGUGCACUCACACAUGACUAUAUAGUGAAACAUGUGACGGUGCAUUUCAACUGAUUCAAGUAUGCAUGUGAAUAAUGUGACCACAGGUCAAGUAAAAAAAGAAAAUCACACAUGCAUAUGAAUAUCACAUGUGAAUCACUAAAGAACAUGAAAAUACGAAAAUGUUGGGGGCGGAGUCGAAUUUGAAAAAUAAUAUUCAUUAAAAAACAUGUGAAUCGCUUACAGGAAUCAUAUGCAAAAAUACAAAUGAUGUGGCAAAAUCACACGUAAAUGCUUAUGAAAUCACAUGUGGAAAUAAAUAAAACAACAAACUCAUGCAACUCUCUCGAAGAAAAUCGCACGUGAAUCAUUUUUAAUGAUAUCUGAAAAUGAUAUUGUAAUAAAACAGCACACAUGAAUUGUUUAAGAAAAAUCACAUCGAAAAUGAAGGAAUCAUAAAAAAAUCACAUGAAAAAAAAAUCACAUGAAAAAAUACAAUUAAAUAAAUAAAUAAACAGUACUUGGUAAAAUCCAAAUGUGAAAAAUGUGUGAACACGAUACAUAAAGCGAGUAACUUUCACACACGUGUCAUUUUCACACGAGAACCAUGUGAUUAGUCAACUUCUGGAAGGGUUAUUAGUAACACAGUCCCACACACUCCCGACUAUUGCAGCUAUUAUUGCAGAGCGUGAUGACGAUGACGAUGAUGAUGAUGAAGAUGAUAAUGAUGAUGAUGAUCUCCCAGAUACCUCAUUCUCUUUUAAAAAAUGAGACAAAGAUCGGGGAGGGCCGUGAACUACAGCAACUACUCGUGACACAAAGGAGAAAUAAAUGAGCACAGAGUUCACCCACUCACCCCAUCCAUCACUUCUCUCUGUGGGAGAAAGCAAGUGCGCCUGAUUAAAUAAAGAAGGCAUUAUGUAAGAUAAUUUUAAUAAAUUAAACGUCUUGCAGAGACGGAUUACAAACCAGGCUUGUUCUCUGAAAAGCGCAAAGGCAGAGAAGCACCAGGCCUUAUGUUCAUUCUUACCAACUUUUAAAUCGGUUCGCUACUAGGAACAUUUUGUAUCUUGAAGUGAUUAUAUACUUAUAUUACAACAUUCAUUCCAUAAGACUUAUCAUGUCUUUCUUCUUCCGAUCCCAUUAGUACAUCAUGGCUAAAACUUUGACCCUCUAGUUAAACAACCCGAGACAAUAUUUACAUAAGACCAAUUUCUUAAUUUCUUCAAUUAUUUGUCCCAGUCAGGGUUGUUAUGGAAUCCUAGAGCUUAUUUCAGGAAAACUGGGCACAAGGCAGAAAUACACUUUAGACAGGACAUCAGUUCAUCUUGAGCACCUACUGCCAUGUUUUUGGGAGGUGAGAGGAAACUAGAGAACUUGCUAAAAACUCAGAGAGACAUCGAAAGAAGUCGCAAAGCUCCACACAGACAGUAACCUGAGCUCAGGAUAGAACUAGUAUUGAACCCCAGAGUUGUCAGACAGCAACGCCAUCCAUGGCACAGAUAAAUCAAAUGCUAAAUACACUUUUAUUUAUUUUUAUAUAGGAGUUAAGUUAUUUUUUUCUUUUUAACCCCACUCAUGCUGAGGAAUCCGCCCACUUUGGUUUGCACCUGUGACAGUUUUGAAUGGUAUUUUUGGUUUCAACAUUCAAGCUAGAAGGAAAAGUAAAAUGUAGGAUUAAAAAAUUUAUUGAAUGCACUAAAGGUGCUACGUCCAACAUGCACACGUUGAUCAGGCUUUUUUUGUUUACAAGUUUCAUAUCUGACUGAUCACUUAUUUCUUUUUUGGUCCCAUAAAAGUAAACUUUCAUAUCCAACGUUUUGCUGAUCAAACCUGAACAGACGAAGGCUGCAUAUGGUAAUGAAAAGGUUACGAGGAUUUGUACAAAGAACUUGACGCUCAGGUUUAUUCGUGUUCUUCCCCACACAUUUACACAUGACAUUUUCCCGUCGUGUGUCGGUCGGUUCAACCAUCUGUGAAAUGCUCCUUAAAAUAACAUAAUCAGAAUCAGAGACAGACACAUUACCAAAUGUAAAAGCCUGUGAAAAGUAGCCACUCUGCAAAUGCUGCUACAGAGACAAUCACUCAGACACAAAGCCUGUACAUCCACAGAAAUUACAUAAAGGUUUAGAGCAAUUUCAAAGAGCAAAGUCACCACAGUGGAUUAUAAAGGGACUAUAUGUCUAUGCAUAUUCAUAUAAUAGAAAAAUUUGAUAUUUACGCUUUAUGGCAGAGGAUGAUGAUACAGUUUGAGGUUUUUUUUAUCACCCAAUUUCCAUAAUCUAUCCAUCUCACACUUAGAUUCUAGACUUACAUAUACCCAUGCCCACUGGUCACUACCUAUUUAUUCUACACUCUUCUAUUGCAUACAAAUUGAUAUCUAUGGACAUUUUGACACACAAAUGAUCUAAAAGCCACAAUAAAAUCUGCAAGAUGUUAAACAGAAACAAGAUUAAGAGUUAUCACUGGAAGUCAUACUGCAUUUUAGAGAAGUGAAGCAUAAUUGUAAAAAAAAAGACGAAAGAUUAUUAUUUUAAACAAACGUUCAAAUUGAUCCAAAGGAUACAUGAUUCGCAUAAUAUAAUGCAUGAAGUUGUAGGUCAUCUCUGGGUUUUUUUUUUUUUUGUUUGUUUUUUUUUAAGUCAUAGAUGUCUUCCAUGAGGAUUUAAAAUGUACAUAUUUACCUUUGUAUUUUAAAAUGCCCUCUGAAAAUACACUGGAUGCAAAAUGACGUCUGAAAUUAAAACAGGAUAUAGUGAACCUGAGAAAAAAUGGUGCAUUUGUGGUCUUUUAACGUCUGUAAAUGUGUGUGUGUGUGUGUGU